AUGGAAGCCUGCAGGUCGCUGCCUGUGGCGUACCUGCAGGUGUCACCACACGCCCGCACACCAAACCAUCAAGCCAUCCCUAAGACCAGGACGGCUUCCACUCCACCUCUCUACUCUUCCACCACCCACCAUCCCACGCCCUUACACCCAAACAGCCACCUCCCGCCCAACUCCAGCACCUCCAACCACCCGCCAUCCCUCCACUCCCACGCUCACCCCUUGCCCAACUCAGCCCAGCCGUCUCCUGCACCGUGUAAUCAGUCUGCUUUCACUGCAAACCAAGUCGGUCCUGUGGCUGGCUUCCCUGAGGCCUUGAAUUCUUGCUGGGUCUGUAGCUCACACUCACUUACCACUGUGCACCACCAACCAGAUUCAAUACCUACCACACCACCACCCACGUCCCCUCGCCAUGCUCCAUCUGCACCUCCAUCCACACUCCACCACACUAAUCAUUGCGCCACCCACCACACCCUCAAUUAA